AGCAAAUACAGUAGAAUAGAAUGUAUGAGAUCCCACAGAAUGCACCAGGUACUGUAAUUGUUAGUGGUCCCAUACUUAAUUUGAAUCUGGGCAAUUUGUGGCAAGCGUCAGAUGGCGGCGACCCGGGCAUUUUGGCUCAAAUCAAUUCAGAAAAAGCGCUCUAAAAACCUCUGCACCGGCAGAGUCGAAGAUUUGCCUACGUCGGGUGGUAUUUCUACAUCUUGGCUGACCUGCCAAGCGUGGCAUGGGCUGUGUUGCCAGUACUGCUGAUAUAAGUGAGCCAGAGAUCUCACCCAAUAAGAACCAGACACUCCCAGCAGAUGGCAGGACAACGUCUGGGAAGACGCUUCUGAAUGCAAACUCUCCGAAAGGAGAUCAAGCAAUCACCGGAGAUCUGCCAAACUUCAAGCAUUCCAGGACUGUGAACCAGGACGUUACUUCACCAAUAUCUCCGGGCAAGUCCAUCCUGAGAAGUAAAAGCUUCCAAGGAUUGUCUGCCCAGGAGGGCGGCCGACGAGCCACAUUUGAUACUGCCUCGCUGGAUGAGGAGGAUCGGGCCAUGCUGAUGUUGGAGGCUCGUAGUGGGAAGCGCCGGGUGACCCUCGGUCAAGCAGAAGUCAGAGAGUACAAGGUUCAGGCCACGGAGCUCUCUCCCGCCACCACCCGACAAGACGGCUAAUGACAUAGCUGACGCAAUCGAGGAGAUGGGACCAUGUUGGACCUCCAAUCGAUGUAGAUCUCCGGCUGUAUAUUUCACUCUAAGGGCAAGCCUGCCCGGUGCUGGGCCACGCCACCCCCAGCUGGCCCACCUGACCCCACGCAUCCACAAGCCCACAAGCGCAGUGUCGAAUAGGAGUGUGCCCCCAAAUUCCUCCUACUGGUACUGGCACAUUCUCGAUUUUGCAGGGGUUGGCGGCGAAUAGAAGC